AGUAUGUCCUCAGGAGAGGUCCCAUAGGAGAAGAAGACACUAUUUUCCACUCUGGUUCAGAAGAAAUAGGCAGAGACUGAUGCAUAAAAGAUCCAAAAUAGGAUACUGUAAUUAAAAAUGGAGCAUGAGAAGAUUUUGAAGCACAUUCAAUAGGAUGAACAGAGAGCCGAGGAAAUUUAUCGCCAUAGAGUAGAAAUCUAAAUGAAGGUAACAUUCACUUCAAAUAAAAUGCUUAGAAAGAAAAUAAAAUGAAAUAGAAAUAAGCAUAGCCACCUCCAUUCUCAUUGGCUGUUUCUCAUCAUCAAAGAGAAUUGUUGAAGAAAAUAAAGGAGGAUGAGUUAAAAAAGAAGAAGUCUGAAGCUAAGAUUUUCAGAGAACAAUUAAAGUAGGAAUUCAAGAGCGUUUAAUUAUAGAAAAGUUUAGAACAAGAAGGAUGUCGCAUUAAGGCAAUUUAAGUGAAAGAAGAAGAGAGGCAAUCUACUUAAUUGGCUGUUGCCAAAUUAAAGUAGAAGAGAGAGAGAGUAAGAUAUGAAAUAGAAAACGAAAAAGAUAGAAUAGAAAAAGAAAAGGAGUUAUAUGAUUUAAAAAUUUAAGAAUUAGAAUCACUUGAACAAUUGGCUAUGAUGGAACUUCAAAAUUCCAUAGCCAGAUAGCAGAAAGUCUAAGAGAAGAUUUAAUAAGCGCAGAAACUAUCACCCAGCGAUUAUGAAAAACAAUAUUAAAGUAUGUAGAAGGCAGGGGCCACACAAUGA